AAACACUACACUCACUACAGUAUCAACACGUGUUCCGUGAAUUGAAUGUGUUUUUAUAUUUAUUUAAUAAAAGGUUUUCAAUUGUUUUCAUUGAAUUGAAUAAAAUGUUAAUAGAAAAGUCACUCAUUUAGGUUUAAAUGACAAAAGUAAUUAUUUAUUGUGAACAGUUAAAAAUAUAUAGUUUUAAAUGCUACACACAUGAAUGUUUCAUUAGGACAUUUGUGCUAUUUUUCUGUAUAAAUUUUAACUGCGAUUUUGAUUUUUAAUAAUAUUAUCAUGGGGGUUACAAAACAAUAUAUGAAAUAUAUUGCCGGAGGAAAUUUAAAUAUCAUUGCCAAUCCAAAAUGUAACAUAAUAUUUGUUACAUUAGAAGGUCAAGAAGGAAGAUUUGUAGCUGUAGGUGCUUGUGAACACAUCUACAUUUGGGACCUUCGUUUAGGUGAAAAAAUUCAAGUUUUAUCUGGAGAAAAAGCAAAUGUCACAUAUUUAGCAGCAUCUCCAAAUAAAAGACAAAUUGCUGCUGGAUACGAUGAUGGAUCAGUGAAAACAUUUGACUUGCGUUCUGCUGAAAACAUAAGUGUUUUUAUUGGGCAUCAUUGUGAAGUUACUUGUUUAGCUUAUGAUAAUUUAGGCCACCGAUUAGUAUCUGGAUCAAAAGAUACAGAUAUAAUUGUAUGGGAUGUAGUUGCAGAAACUGGUAUUUGCAGAUUAGUUGAUCAUAAAGGUGUUAUUACUCAAGUUGCUUUUAUGAAGGACCAAAAUAUUUUAAUUAGUUCUAGCAAAGAUACAUUUAUAAAAUUCUAUGAUCUAGACAACGAAUAUAAUUUUAAAACUCUUGUUGGUCACAGAUCUGAGAUUUGGGGAUUCACAUUAGUUCAAGAUGAUCAUUAUUUAGUCACAGGUUGUAAUGACAGAGAAUUGCAUAUCUAUAAAAUUUACUAUGCUACUUCAGAUACAGCAAACCAUAAUAAAGAAAUCACUAAUUUAACAUUGGAAGAUGAUGAAGAUGAUGACAGCAGUAUGAAAUAUCCAUUGCGCUGUAUCAAAUUAGGCAGUAUUGCAAGAAUUGGAAAAGGACGUAUAAACUCAUUAAUUUCUGAUUAUAGUAGACAAGUCAUUGGAUGUCAUGGCAGUGAUGAAUCAGUGGAAUUAUUUCAUUUUCUAUCUGAGGAUCAAAUAAAAACAAAAAAGUCAAAACGUCUGGAAAAAUUAAAGAAAAAAAUGGCAAAGAAUGAAGAAACAAAAGAAAAACUGCACGAGGCAGAAAUGAAUACAAUUUUAAAGGAUCAAGUUAAUCGUCUUCCACUAAUAAAGUUAUCAAAAGCAGCAAAAUCAUUAGACUUGAUAAUAGGACGAGAAGGAGAGCUUAGAAUAUCUACAGUUGUGAGUAAUAAUAGUAUUGAACUCCAUUCUUUAGUAUUAACAGAAAAAAAUAAAGAACCACACAAAUUGAGAACAGUAAGUUCUCAUGGUCAUCGUACUGAUGUACGAGCUGUUUGUUUUAGUUCUGAUAAUUUGGCGUUUGCUACUGUAAGUGGAGAUUCAGUAAAAUUAUGGAACAGGCCUACAUUAACAUGUUUACGAACUGUUGAAUGUGGAUAUGGUUUAUGUGUUACAUUUGUACCUGGUGAUAGAAAUUUAAUAGUAGGUUUGAAAAACGGAAAAAUGUUGAUCAUUGACAUUGCAUCUGGUGACAUUUUGGAAGAAAUUACAGCGCAUCAAGCGGAAUUAUGGAGUGUUACAUUGUUACCCACAUUGCAAGGAGUUGUUAGUGGUGGUGGAGAUAAAUGUGUCAAGUUUUGGCAUUUUGAACUUAUUGUGGAUCAAGAAAGUGAUAAUAAAGCCAAAGUUCUCUCCGUUGUACAUAAAAAAACAUUAAAAUUAGAUGAAUCUGUUCUUUGUGUGAGGGUGACUCCAAACAAUCGAUUUAUUGCUGUUGCACUUAUGGAUUCUACAGUAAAAAUCUUCUUCUUAGACACAUUUAAAUUUUUCAUGUCACUUUAUGGACAUAAAUUACCAGUUUUGACCAUGGAUAUUUCUAGUGAUUCUACACUGAUUGCAACAGGAUCUGGUGAUCGAAAUAUUAAAAUUUUUGGAAUGGAUUUUGGAGAUUGCCAUAAAUCUUUAUUUGCUCAUGAUGAUUCAGUUACGGGACUUGCUUUCGUACCUAAUACUCAUUAUUUAUUCACGUGCGGAAAAGAUGGUCAAGUUAAAGAAUGGGAUGCUGACAAUUUUCAAAAAAUUGUUACACUUAAAGGUCAUGCAGGACAGGCAUACGGUUGUGCAGUAUCGCCAAAUGGACAUUUUGUUGCUUCAUGUGGUUCUGAUAAAGUUGUUCGUAUUUAUGAAAAAAGCUCAGAAAUAUUGGUUCUUGAAGAUGAAGCUGAAGAAGAGAGAGAAAGACAAGAAAAUGAUUUAGCAACUAGCGAAACGACAGCAGUUCAAGGGCUAAAGAAUCAGAUAUUACCAACUCGCAAAACAGUGAAUAGCGAAAAAGCAGCUGAAUUAAUACUAGAAUGUCUUGAUGUAUGUAAAAAAUAUAAAGAAGAGUGUUCGUUUAUUACUUCGUCAAAAACUAUGCCAGCUUUACCACCAUUAAUGCAAGCUUAUAAAUGUAAAAAUGUCGAAGAAUUUUUAUUAGAAACCAUUAAACGAGUGAAGCCAAGCGAUUUUGAUGAAGCACUAUUACUGUUACCAUAUUCGGCUGCAUGUGAUAUUUUAAAAAUAUUACCAAAUCUACUGAAGAGCCAAUAUGAAUCAGAAUUAGUAGUAAAAUUAACAUUGAGUUUAAUUCAAGCACAUCAUGGACCAAUUAUUGCUAGUCAAGAAUUGUUGCCUGAAAUAGAAAUAAUCAAAUCUUUGGCUUUACAGCAGAUAUCUACAUUGAGAGAUACUCUUGGAUUUAAUCUAUACGGAAUGGCUUAUAUACAGAAAGAAAUUGAAGAAAAACAAGGAAUUUAUUUGUUUAAAGAAGCUACGAAAAAUCAGAAAAAAAAGAGCAGUAAAAGAAAGAAUAAGGAAAUGUCUUUAAAAAGAGCUAUGAUAUCUUUAUAAAAAAUGUAACAAAUUACAUUUUUCGUAUACAGUAAAUAUUUUACUGUUUGUACAUGUUUCUUUUUAAUAUAUUUCAGAAACAAGUAAAAUUAUGAGUAGCAUAAUUACAAAGCAAGAUGAUUUUAAUAAAGCUGA